AUGAGUUCAGCACCAUACGAAGAAAAAUGUCAAGAUGCAACAGAUAUGGAAAAUACAGAAGAAGGAGUAGAAGCACAAAAAGUUCCAGCUCAAACAAUAAAUAAUGAUUCAUCAGCUAAUGCAUAUGAUAUAAAAUCAAAACCACCACCAACAAAUUUUGAAAAUUUGGAUGUAGUACAAAUUAAAGAAAUGAAAGCAUUAAAGAAUGUAGGUAGAGAUUGGCCAGAUGAUAUUGAAUCUGAAAGUCUAACUCAUUUGAAUGCGGAAAAGGAAAAUAAUAAUAAUAUCAAAUAUGUUACUAGUGAUGAUUUAGAUAAAAAUAAUCAAAAUAUUGAAAAUGUUAAGAAAAAUGAAGGAACUGUUCAAGAAAAGUCAGCAGGCUAA